AUGGCCACAGCUGGGAAUGACCGCCCUUAUCAUUUUUAUUCCCCUACCUACACACAGCAGAAGUCCAGCAAUGUCUUCUGUUUCUGGGAAACAAAACCCUCGGGCUGUCUGAGGAUCGCUUGUGCUUUCCAUCACAGCAAACCUCGUUACAUCAAUGGACUUUUUUUGCCACCUAAUAACAAUUCACCUUUGCAACAGGGUGUCCAGGAAAUGACUCUGCACCCAGCCUAUUGUCAAGACUCACCCAGAAAUUCAAAUAAUUUGCUACCAAUUCACCCUCCAGUUAUUAUAAACCUUAAUGACACGGAUGAUGAAGAGGAUGAUGAAGAGGAAGAUGAAGAGGAUGAUGAAGAGGAAGACUAUGUUUCUAAUUGUGUGCCUAAGACUGCUGCAGAUAUUGAAGAGGAAAGAGCACUGAAGGAAAUAUGCUCUAUAUCUGGAGAGUAUUACAGGAUUCAGAACCCUUUUGAGUACCAUUCACCCAAACUUGUAUCUUCACCUGGGGAAAAGGAGCGAUCAUUCUUGGAAGGUACCGAGCAAGAAUUGCAGAAAGGUGAUGGGAAUACAAUUCCAUCAACAUUUAAUAAUACAAAAAGAGAAGGAGAGAGCUCAGGAAGGAGAGUGCCAACAGGGAAUAAUCUCAGAGGUAAUAUACGUUAUUUUAUUCCCUCAGAAACAAACUCCAUUGAGCAGGGAAGGAACCAUCAUUGCAAAGAAAUAAGGCAAAAGAAAUGGAUUUCCAAGGAUCCAAGAAAUUCACCCAAUACAGUAACAGGCAAAGGAAUUCACUGUCCAGAUGCAAAAGUAAAACCAGCUUACCAACAAAAGGGCCCAAGGAACAAUGACAGAGCUGCUCCUUCAGAACCACAAAGAUCAGUGUAUGUAGUCUACCGUAGUGUCGUCGUCACGCAAGAAGCAAAUUUUAAUGGAUCAACAGACAAAUCUGCUUCAGGAACUUCUAAUGCACCAACGUGGAGAACAAGAAAUACGCAUGCAAAAACAUUCUUUGCUUCUAAAACAGCAAUUCAGGUGCAGGAGGUGGAGUUGGCACCCAGGGCUCCAGUGGGCAGCCUCCAGCCCAAAACCCGGGUGUCACUUUUCUGGGACAACCCAACUCUCCUCCAGCAUCAUCUGUCCUGGGUGAACCAGGAGCUGGGGAUGAUAGGAACCAUCUGCUGGUUCUGGAGAAUCACAAUGCUGCUGAGGAGUGGGAGGGCAGCCCUGAAGCUGCCUGUCAUUCUGCUGCCUUCCAAAGGAGCUCUCCUGGCCCUGGCACAGCCCCCUUUGGCAGCCUGGCUGCAGCUGAUGAAGAGGAAUGUCCCAGCUGCUGUUGGUGGAGAUCCCAGCAGCCUCCCUGAUGCCCCCCUCUCCAUGGGCUACAGGAACAGCCAGAUAAAGAUCUGGAACAGUUUGUGGUGGGUCCCUCCACUUCCAGCUGAGACAGGGACUACUCCCCUGAGGGGCCACAGGAUGGAUGGCUGCCCCAAGGAGUCUUUUCCAGCCAAGAAGAUGCCACCCCACCAGCAGCAGUAG